UAUGAGAGAGAGUUAGAUAGGAGGUUUGUUGUGCCUGAUGAUGCGGCAACAGUGGGAGGUGGGAAGCGGAGGAGAAGGGCCGAAGGAUUGCGCUCAAAGGAUUUGGACGACGAGGAGGAGUAUGAGAGGGAGCUAGACAGGAGGUUUAUUGUACCGGAUGGGAGAACAUCUGUUACAUAUGCGACAAUGGUGGUAAUCUGAUCAUGUGCGAGGGGCCCUGCCUCCGGUCCUUCCAUCCCAAACCUUCUUCCCGAGCCGACGCUGAGGAGGUUCGGGACAACCGGUGCACCACAGUCGGGAUCACCGAGCCUGAGGCGCGGGCUGAGAACCCGUGGCUGUGUCCUAAUUGCAGGUCCGGGCUGCAGGUGUGCUUUAUCUGCUACAGGCUUGGGAGGGAAAUUUCUGAGGGCAAGGGAGAAGGGGAUGGAGAGGUAUUUAUGUGCGGAGCAGAUUUUUGCGGGCAGUUUUUUCAUGCUGAUUGCGUGGCUCCAUGGAUCGUGCGCCUGAAACGCCUGGAGCCACCUGAAAUUUCACCUGAAGUUUCACCUGGUGUUUCACCUGGCGUUUCACCUGAGGACAGGGAGAUGGUCAGGGCGGAAGAGGUGAAGCGGGUGGCUGAUGGCAUUCGCGGUCGGGCAGCUGGAGAGGAUAAUUUUAUCUGCCCCAGGCACACGUGUGUGCGUUGUCGAAAGGGAGGGAUUCUUUCUGGUACUACCAGUGGGGAUGGUGCUGCUGGUAGUGGUGGUGGGGAUGGUGCUUCUGCUGCUGCUGCUGCUGCUGCCGCUGCAGUGGGGAGUGCUGCUACUGGUGGUGGUGACGCCACUGCUGCUGCUGCUUGUGAUGGUGGCAAUGGCUCGGCUGCUGCUGCUGCAGAGGCUGCUGCUGCUUCUGGGAAUGGCCGUAGCAAGAUUGGUGAUGUAUCAAGGGCGGAUCUGGACUCAGAAAAGAACAAGCUCGUGCCAUGCCGUCGCUGCCCGACCGUUUUCCACUUGCAGUGCCUGCCCAGAAACCUGCCCAAAAGCAAUCGGCGGGCAGGCGAAGGAAGGCCGCAGCGGGUGUGGGGACUAAGCAGGGAGUUUGGGGGGGAUGGGGGCGAUGGGUUUCCCCUCAUGCUGUACUGCGACCGGCAUCGGAUCGGGAGGGAGUGAGAGGGGAGGAGUUGAGAGCGGAGGGAGUGGGACUGCACUGGUUGGAGGGUUAUCAAUGAGUGACUUAGUGCAACGGGCACGACUGGCGACCGCUCUUCACCACACCCCUUCUCACCAUACUGCUUCUCACCAUACUGCUUCUCACCAUACUGCUUCUCACCACACCCCCGCUCGCCACCUCCCCUCUCGCCACAUCUCUUUUCACCAUACUGCACCGCACUCUACAUCCCUUCACCAAAUCUCAUCCUUCCAUACCUCUCGUUACCCCCCAUCCGUUCAUCAUACCUCGUCUAUGCACUCCCCUCUUCCUCGUUCUCCUGUUACCCCUCCUCAUCCUUAUUCCCCCCCUCUUUCUCCUCGUUAUUCUCGCCACACUCCCAACUCUCCUUAUUCUCCUUAUUCUCCUUCUUCUCCUUCUUCUCCUUCCUAUGGUCUUACAUCUCCCUCUUAUUCUCCCACUUCUCCCUCUGAUUCUCCUACCUAUCCUUGUUAUUCCCCUACGUCUCCCUCUUAUUCUCCCACGUCUCCUUCUUAUUCUCCGUCUUAUGCUCCUUAUGCUUCUUAUAAUCCUUAUAAUCCU